UGAGCCCGGAAGUAGGGCGGGACCUCGGCUCUUUAUAAACAUGGCCGUUAAGUCCUUCACAGCAUCAGGUAUUACGUUUGGCUGGAUUUGUUAGACUUUCAGGAAGUAACUGAGGGACACCCAGACAGUAACAGGUGGAAAGAACAUGUAGACACACGAAGGAAGCCUAUAAGUUACAGUACUUCUUUAUACGACAUCGAUGAACUUCACGUGAGCUAGCUAGCCGAGCUAACGCCGACGUCUGAACUUCUGUCAACUUUUCCAACCAGAGAAAUCUGCGACCUGUCUGCUUCAUCGACAUGGAGGAGCUCCGUCGCUGGCCCAGUCUGUGUCGAUGAAUAUUUGACACACGGAAGCGUUGGAUUUACUCAGCUAAGGGCUGACACAAACUUUAUUGGAGGUUUCUUUUGGGUUGUUUUUUUUUUCUUCAGCGCUGGAUUGUCAGGCGCUCGUUUAGGACCAUCACCGAGAGGGCGGAUAUAAACAAUGUUUUCUGUCAAACCCAUGAAACCAACCUUCAAGUGCUAUCUUCCCCCUGCACCGACUGAUGUGAAGAAAACCAUCGAACAACCUAUUAAAAAAUUGGAGCCUAAGCUACUUCAAGGGGAGAUUGUAGUUAAUGAGGUGAACUUUGUGAGGAAAUGCAUCAGUGCUGAAAGCAGCCAGGAUGACCUUUGGGGGAAGUUGAUAUGCACCAACUUUAAGGUCUCCUUCAUCCCUCAAGAUGCCCCCACAAAGCAGAAAUCCAAGUUGUCUCACCUCCUGCUGGGAGAGCACGACAUCCCUCUCACCUGUCUGGAGCAAGUGGUAACAGUUAAUGAUACCAAGGGGAAGAAGAAAGUUUUGGGGUCGAACCAAAAACUGAAGUUCAACCCUACAGAGCUCAUUCUGUACUGCAAAGACCUGCGCAUCAUUAGGUUCUGCUUUGAUGAGGCUGGGCCUGAGAGCGCCAAGAAGGUCUGCCUUGCUAUCGCCCACUACUCUCAUCCAGCAGACCUUCAUCUUCUGUUUGGCUUCGAGUAUCAAGGCCGGCGAUACCAUGAGUCUAAAAGAGAGAGAGUCAAUGGUUCUACUCCUCGAGCAGGGCUACAGACUCCAAGUUUCGACCGUCCUUCAGACUGGGAUCGGGAAAUCAAGAGGACCGGAGCGUCGGAGUGGAGGGUGUGCUCCAUCAAUGAGGGUUAUGCCGUCUCACAAAGUCUUCCAGAGUACAUUGUGGUCCCAGUUUCUCUGGCUGAUCAGGAUCUAAAGCAGUACUCCAUAUUCCUCCAUGACAGCCGCCUUCCUCAUUGGUGCUGGAAUCACUCAAACGGAAGUGCUCUAGUUCGCAUGGCCAGCAUAAGUGAUCCGAUACAACAGAAGAAGAUUGAUCAGAGGAUUUUCACUGCCAUCACAAAAAGCCACCCGCAGCGCAGUGAAGUCGUCAGGUUAGAUCUGGACAAGUGUUUGCCCAACAUCCUGGAAAUUCAGAGUGCCUUCAUGAGAGUCCGGCAGAUCUGUGUCAUGGAUCCUUUUGAGGAGUCUGAGGAGAGGUGGCUUUCAGCUGUUGAAAACUCACGAUGGCUGGAGCACGUCAGAUCUUUCCUGAAGCAGUCAGCCGAGGUCGUGUAUCACCUGGAUGGAAAGAAUGCUUCAGUCAUUAUUCAAGAGGAAGAAGACCGAGACCUGAACUGUGUGGUGUCCUCCCUCGUGCAGCUCAUGCUGGACCCUCAUUAUCGUAGCAUUGUUGGCUUUCAGAGUUUGGUGCAGAAGGAGUGGGUGAUGGCUGGCCAUCGCUUCUUGGACAGAUGCAACCACUUAAAGAAGAAUGAGAAAGAGGAGUCCCCACUGUUCAUGCUGUUCCUGGACUGUGUGUGGCAGAUGAUGAACCAGUACCCAGCAGCAUUUGAGUUCACAGAGACCUAUCUGACUAUACUGAGUGACAGCAUGUGGAUUCCCCUCUUCAGUACUUUUCUUUUUAAUUCUCCCAAACAGCGCGCCAAGCACUUAAUGGACUUUGCCAAGAACAAAGCCAUCCCUCAAGGAGAAGAUCCAGCCAUGUUUUUCCCUCCUGUUUGGGACUGGGCGCAGCAGUUCUCCACCAAAAACCAGACUCUCUUUAACAACCCCAUGUAUGUAGGCAAAGGAGCCGCCUGUGUGCAGAACGGGGAAGUGAAAACCUUCAGACGCACAAAGCAGAAAUCCUACAGCUCCACUUUGCGAGGGCCGUCAGCUUCCGUACGCAAUGGAGUGAGGAGUGGAGAAGACACGUUGUCCCGACGAGGCUCUCUGGUGUCGGAGCUGAGGUCUGAAUUCUCUCCGGUGAGAGUUGAAAGCCCAUCAGAGCGCUUUUUCAGGGACUGGUUCUCCCGACCUGCUGACCAGCAGGGCGUCCUGAUCCCCCUCUUCAUCCCUUCACACCUGGCUCUCUGGAAGCUCUUCUUCCUACGCUGGGUCCCUGAGGUCUGCAUUCCCAAAGGGGGCCCUGUCACCUCCUACCACAAGCUCUCCCAACUGGUGGACGAGAUUGAGAUUCUGCAGGGCCAGCUAAGGCAGUAUACAGGCGGCACUCCACUCCCCAGCCCAACGAGUGGGCCUCCUUCCGACCAGAGGAGGAUGUAUUUUAAGGCCAGCUCUCCACAUGACCCUCCUACACCACCAGACUUCCUCAACUCCUCCUUUCCCUUCUCCCCAAUGGGAAACCUGUGCCGCCGCGGUAUCCACGGGACUCCAAUUAGCAAAUUUCUGAAUGGGGCGAGGAUUUGGCUCUCUACAGAGACUCUUGCUAAUGAUGCGAUCUGAGGGGCUUUAGGGCUGACUUCUGUUGUUUGUGUAACGAUUAACCAUCUUAUAUCUAUGACCUCUUUCUUAAAUACCAGGAGGGAAUAUGAGAAAUAGAAAAAUGUAACCCUGGACUUCUGAUUUUCAAUCAUUUAUAAGCUAGAAUUUGCACCAUUGAUGCUGCAUCAAAAUUUGAGAUCAUUGUAAACUGAGGUCUAUUAAUAGGACUAAAUCAAAAUUGCUCAUUACAGUUAUUAUCGGCCAGUGAGUUGUUACUGUGAUGUCUCCUCUGACUGUGAAAUAUCAAACUUAAUGCAUUUUAUAAUGGAUGUAUUUUCUUGUCUACUUCAGCUUAUGUUAAGAUACCUUCUCAUAGCAUACUGUUACCUACACAGAGACUUCUUUCAGACAUUUUAACAAUGAGUUAGGAUGAGGUCGACAGCUCUCCCUUUGCCUACUCUCACUCUACAGCAACAGUUGAAAUUCAUGUGUGCAGCAGACUCUGCGCUGUAAUGGGAUAUGAAAAUCAUCCCAAAAGUAACGAUCAGAUUUUUAAAAUGACCAUUUUUAUUGCAGCAUUAAUGAUGCACUUCAAUUAACACUGACUUCCACAAACUCAGUUUGGGUAUACCUUCCAGGAAAUGUAAUUGGGGGUUUAAUAGAGAAUCUAUUUUUAAUUUCAGAAAGAGGAAGAGAAAAUAAAACUUUUAACAAGUAUUUUUCUAUGUGGUAAAACAAAUAGGAACCGGCCUGGUUGAAUGUAAUGAGGCGUUUCUUGUCUUUGCACAAACUUAAUGCUAUUUGCUCCAGGUGCCCGUUUUUAAUGGUUGAGUUGGGGUUUCACUGUAAGUAGCAAAUAGUUUGAUUCAGGGUCUUAAUUCUCAUAAAGCAGGUGACACUUCUUUUUAGAAGUGGAGCUGUGAGGGCUUAAAUCUGUGGUAGAUAUUUCCUCUUCUCUUUUGAAGGGGGGGUUAUAAAACUUUUUUAGAGGCCUUCUGGUAAGGCACUGAGGAGAAACCGCUCAGCUUUAUGGAAGCUGAAUGGCUAUUUAAAUGAAAGCAAAGGGACAGAUAAGGGCUUUGACUUAAACCACGCUCUAGUUAAGCAUGUAGUGGACUCCAGACAGAGAUGGGUGAAUGACAAGUGACACAGUUUGAAAGCAGCACACAUGAAAACAUUAGAGAUGAAGUAUUUGGAGAGCACACGUCAAAAAUAGAAUAAAAUGUCAUCAACUACAAACAGAGUCCUCACAGGCUUAAUGUUGGGAAAAGGGAAUGAGAUUAAAUAAACACAACUGUAUGCACUGUUGUACACAUCUGUUACAACACAUUACAUUAAUAACGUGUAUUUGUGUUCUACGACCUAGCUCUACUCUGUUUAGGAGAAGAUUGUGAUAGAAACAAGCAGGAACAGGUACUCUACAUUCAGUCAGACGAGUGAGCUUGCAUUAAGACAGAUUUUAAUCCAGAUUACUGUCUUAUCAAACUUAACCUUUCUGUGUGCUGCAAAGAUUCUGGCAUUUUGACACCCUUAAGACUUUCUAUCGAUGGAGUUUAUCACCUGCUGAGCGAGGGAGUGGUUUGAGACACAUCAGGGGAAAUGGAUCAGUCGUCCAGUACCUCUUUGUAAUGGGGGAGCAACACGCGCUGUGUAAUAGUGUCUUAAAAUAACAGUUUGGCAUUUAUUAUGAAGCCCUGUUCAAUUUUGAAUAUAACACCACUGGACAGGGUUCAUUGUCCUAUCAUUCAAGAUCAUGUAUCUUUGGAUGCUUGAUUACAAAGGUUUUUAUGAUAGUCAGAUAAAGUCUUCAUUCAUUAGCAAUAAGUACCAUAACUAGUUCAGGUGUGUUCUGGUAUAGAUGUUCAUAGUGCGAGUGCAGAGUCUGCUCUCUCAAAUGCUAUUAGUUGCACAUUUUACUCAAAAUAUAAGAUAGUGUGUUUGAAGGUGGUUGUUGAAUAUCAUUUUGGCAAAUAUAAAUACUGUAUAUGCUUGAAAUCUUCCAAUUAAUAUUUUUGAAUAAUGGUACUAAAUAACGUUUAUCCUUGAUUUAGUCUUUGUAUUUUCUGGAGAGAUAUUUAUAUGCUUUUUUGUUUCCACUAAUUACCAAUGUUGCACUCUGCUGUAAUUGCAUGAUGACCGUGCUUCCACUGUGACACAGUUUGAUUUUUGUUAUCAGCAGAUGUAUUUAUGCAAAUGUUCUCAAAGAGGAAUGCAUUUUCUGUACAUCCCCUGUGCCUUUCGGGGAAGAUUGACCAUUUUUAUAACUAUAUUCUAAACCUGUUGACUCACUCAUUUUCUAAAACAGUUGAUUUAUCACAUUUUUUAGACUAGUUUAAUUCAGAGGUCUUGCACUGAAGCUGCUUUUCCUAACAGAAAAUAAGGCUUGAUUGUGUACCAUUAACUAAUCAAUACAAUAUUUUCAAAUGAA